GUUGCAGUCUGGUGGAGGAGGACAUGGUUGACGGAGGGAAAGUGGCACGGUGCUCCACAGAUCUCAAAUCUAAAAUAAAAAUACUCUGAUUUCAGAUCUUAGAAAACUCAGAUCUUAGCUAGAUUUUACAUAGAACCUUCUUGUGAUGGUCUUACUCUACGACAGAGGUGGCUUUGUCAGUGGUGGCGAUGGUGCAAUGAGGCCGACGGGCUUAACCGGGGAAGAGUGGUCAGAGAAGACGAAGACGCAACAAAGGGCAGCAAGGAUGGUCUCUGUCCACUUGAAAAGUUAGAAGCCACUCGGAAGAAGAUGAAAGCACCCAAUGAGCUGCAUAUAUGUCAUCGAUGGUGGUGACCACUCUUUCAAGAUUGGUAAGAAGCACCUGCAAGCAAACAAUUCCACCCAAGAUGAAGCUGAAUAUGUUGUUGUGCUGGCUAUUGCUGCUUUCAUUUCCAGGUCCCUUGAAGGAUGAAAAAUGCCCCUGAAUUCUUCAGCGUAUCAAGAUAAAGUUGGAAAUUAAAUUUGUAUCCACUGCACUCCAUUAGUCACCUUUGUGGCUGCCAAACAAUGGUGAGUGGCUUUCUUCCAUUACUUCAUUAAAACUUCUCAAAAUUAGAGCAGUAUUCCUUUCAAAGCCUAAUAGUUAGUUUUUUUAACCAAUCGAUCAACAUUGAAACUUGUAUUUGCUAAAUUCAUUGGUACUGCAUAAUUUGCUGAUAUAGGGUCUGCUAAGUUGUGUUUUAACGUCAAAAUGUGGUUGGUGUUUAGUUACUUUGCUGCACAAGGUUAAGAGGCAAGUGUGAACCUAAAAGUCAAGUUUGGAAGAUAUAUGCAUUAUCCUGCGUAUUGCUCAAAAGUUGAACCCUUGUGCUAGCUGUCCAAAUUAGUUUUUCUGUGUAAAAUGGCCUUAGGAGAUGCAUUAACAUAUUUAUGUUAUUAGAUUAAUACUCUGCACCGUAACGUUCUCCUGGACUUUCUGGGAAAGAUGGACUAAGUGAGAGCUAUUUGAGGGAUCUUCUCCAUGGAUCUGAAUAUGUUCUUACAUAUGAAGAUAAAGAUGGAGAUUGGGUGCUUGUGGGUGAUGUUCCUUGGGACGAUAAACAUAGGCUUGGCCUUGGUGACUCUGCCUCUGUUCUCCGUGCUCAAGAAGCAGCCUUCCAACGCUCCCAUCUACUACGCUCGUCCUCUCUCUCGCCGCCACCACCUCCCCUUCGACGACUCUUCUUCUUCUCUCAACCGUUUCCUUCCUUCCCUCGUUUGGCUUUCUCGCGCGUUCCGUGUCACCGAAGAUGAGAUCGUCCAAGCUCAUGGCCUCGACGCUCUCGUCAUCAUCAGGCUCUUCAAAUUUGGCAUUAAGUUUUUCACAGUGUGUUCUCUUGUUGGGUUGGUGGUACUUCUCCCUACUAAUUAUGGUGCCCAGGAGGUUCAAAAUGGGAGCUACUUUACAAUGGAUUCUUUUACAAUAUCUAAUGUUAAAAGAGGUUCUAAUAGGCUUUGGGUGCAUUUUGCAUUCCUGUGUUUUAUAUCUUUAUACGGGAUGUACCUACUAUAUAAGGAAUACAAUGAAAUUUUGAUUAGAAGGAUUUGGCAAAUUCAAAAGUUAAAGCAUAGACCCGAUCAAUUUACCAUCGUAGUUCGUGAAAUUCCAUUAUGCAUUGAACACAAGGCUCGCGACUGUUGUGUUGAUCAUUUCUUCAGUAAACACUAUCCAAACACUUACUAUUCCUAUCAAAUGGUUUACAACACAGAAGAUCUUGAGGAAUCGGUGAGCCAAGCAAAGUCUCUAGCAAGAAAAAUAGAGGACUUGACUGAGAGUUCUAUGGCCAAGAGACGAAAGAACAAGUUGUCACUCUUGGGUUUAUUACAUCAAGAGACUUCAAAAGCUGCUUUUCUUGAGGAAAAGCUUCAAGCACUUUGUCACAGGAUUCAUCAGUUACAAUGCAAAGACACACUCCAGAAAAAGGAGUUGCCAGUUGCUUUUGUAACAUUCAAGUCACGGUCAGGUGCUGCAGCAGCGGCUCAUUUGCAACAUCAUUCACAUCCACUUCUUUGGAUCACUGAACUUGCCCCAGAACCAAGGGAUGUUUCAUGGAGGAAUAUGAGAGUAUCCUACAGAGUGGUGCCGCUAUAUAAACUAGGUGUUCUCAUUGCAGCAUCACUGCUUACAGUUUUCUUUGCCAUACCAGUUACUGCUGUUCAAGGAAUAGCCAAAUAUGAGAAACUGAAGCAAUGGUUUCCUCCAGCCAGGGCCGUACAGUUGAUACCGGGAUUAAGCUCUAUAGUGACAGGUUAUCUUCCAAGUGCUGUACUCAAAGGAUUUAUAUACAUUGUACCGCUCACGAUGUUUGCUAUGGCUAAAAUAGCUGGAUGUAUUGCAAGAAGUAAGGAAGAGAUCAAAGCCUGCAACAUGGUUUUCUACUUUCUGGUGGGAAAUGUGUUCUUCUGGAGUGUGUUAUCAGGAUCCCUUCUUGAUUUAAUUGGACAGUUCAUUAGUCAUCCCAAAAAUGUUCCAAGUCAGCUUGCUGGAGCCGUCUCCGCCCAAGCAGAUUUCUUUGUGACAUACAUCUUAACAGAUGGUCUGUCAGGGUUUUCUUUGGAACUUCUCCAGCCCGGCAUGCUAAUUUGGGAUAUUUUAAAGUCUUGUGUUCAUGGAUGUCAAAGAGAGACAAGUCCUUACCUUUAUUCAUUGCCUUACUUUAGAAUAAUCCCUUUAGUCUCUCUCUCAGUUCUAAUUGGCAUAGUGUAUGCAGUAGUGGCGCCACUGUUGCUCCCAUUUCUCAUCCUUUACUUCUGUUUAGGUUAUGUCGUCUAUGUCAACCAGAUUCGAGAUGUGUAUGAAACUACUUACGAAACAUGUGGACAAUAUUGGCCAUACAUUCAUCACUACAUUCUCCUUGCAAUCAUUCUCAUGCAGAUUACGAUGGUUGGGUUAUUUGGACUGAAGUUGAAACCUGCUGCUUCUAUAUCAACAAUUCCAUUAAUUUUGUUCACAUGGAUGUUUAAUGAGUACUGCAAGAUGCGUUUUCUCCCUUCCUUUCACCAUUAUACUCUCCAGGAUGCUGCUGAAAAUGAUGAACUUGAUGAAAAGUGUGGUCUAUUGGAGUUACAUUAUGAGAAUGCAAUUAAUGCCUAUUGUCCACCAGGUUUACGACCGGUGAAUUUCAUGGCAUCAGAAUCCAGCUCCACACCAUUAGUUUCUUCGUGAUCUUUCAUUUGACAUUUAUGCUUUAUUUAUUCUCACUAGAAGAAAAAAACCACAAUGAAGGUGUAUAAAAGGAAAUGCUAAAGGACACGGUCAAUUCAAGGAAUCUCAGGAAAAUGUACUGGAAUCCAAGCAUUACGUUUGCCUUUUCCUUUCUAAAUUUUAGCUUAAUUUAGAAAAAAAUAGUUUUCUUUU